AUGGUGGAUUUAAUAGCUUCAUUUAAUUGCAAGGGUGAACACCAUCUUAUCAUAGGGAUAUCUCGAGUUGCAACCAACCGGAUGAAUUCUAUCAUAAAUGCAGGUGCGAAACCAAUUCUUAUUGCAGAUGUUCCAUUCGGAUCUCUACCAACUUCAAUACAGCAUUAUAUCAAGCUGGGUAUAAUUAAGCAUUUAGAGAGAAAUUUCAAAAUAGUGGAUUUAACAUUGCUUGGUAGAGCAGAAUGUAAUUUUAUUGUUGACAAGGUAUUUGUGAGUGUACCAAUGUCCCAGAAAGAAUUCAAGUAUAAAACUUACCACGAAUGCUGCAGACUAAGAAUUCCAAUUCAUGUGUCUGACUCCAACGAAUUUAGCAGCUUUUCAAUUUUGUCUACAUUUACGUCUGGGGAUUUUCUGGUGGGUGUAACAACUCUGGGUAAAGGCUGCAAGUUAUCUGCAAGAAUAUUAAGAGAAAUGCGAAAUACGUUACCGCCUAAUAUCAACGAUAUUUGUAAUAAUGUAGGGAAAUUGAAAGCUCAGAUCGAGGAAGAAGAUAACUUGAACAGUUUGGAUAAUAACAUGUCUAUAGUAGGUGAAAAUGACGAAGAUGCUACUAAUACAAUUGAACUUAUUUCGUUAGUUAAGGAAUUUGACAUGACAAAAAAACAAAAAAGGUUGCAAAAAAUGCUGUGGCUUUUACAAACUACAGAAUAUUUUCCACUAAAGGCUUUGGCAGACAUGUCGUUAGAGGGUCUUAAUCCCAAGAAGAACUUAAAUGAUUUUAAAGAAUCAAAUGCAAAGGGAAUGAUGGGCACUCGAAAAGGUUCAAUAUCACUUGUUGGCGCAGGACCUGGAUCUGUAUCCCUUUUAACCCUUGGAUCAUUACAAAAAAUACAAGAGGCUGACUUAGUGCUCGCAGACAAGUUAAUCCCCCAGGAAAUCCUUAAUCUUAUUCCGGGACAUACAAAGCUUUUUAUCUCUCGCAAGUUUCCAGGAAAUGCUGAGAAAGCGCAGGAACAACUAUUUCAAAUAGCCCUUCAUAGUUUAAUGAAAGGUGAGAGGGUCGUUCGCUUGAAACAGGGGGAUCCUUAUAUUUUUGGACGAGGGGGAGAAGAAUAUAAUUUUUUCUCUAAGCAUGGGUUUGUUCCCAAGAUUUUUGCCGGUAUUACAUCUGCUUUGGCUGCACCACUUCUAGGAAAUAUCUCGGCGACAUUUAGAGGUAUUGCCGAUCAGAUAUUGAUAUGCACUGGUACUUCUAAAUAUGGGGAUUUCCCAAACUUACCUGACUUCGUUCGGUCUAGAACUGUCGUAUUUUUAAUGGCCUUACAUCGGGUCGUUAAUUUGGUGCCGAUAUUAAUUGAUGAAAAAAAAUGGGAUCCUCAAGUCCCUGUUGCUGUUAUUGAACGAGCAUCAUUCCCAGAUCAACGAAUAAUAAGAACAAAAUUAUCGUUUGUUGCGGAAGCAAUUGUCUCGUGUAUUCCUAAACCACCUGGUUUGCUUGUAGUAGGAUACGCAUGUCAAGCACUCGUUAAACCUAGGGAGGGCGAGAAAUGGGUUAUCGAAGAAAAUCUUGAUAAUCAAUAUUAG